UCGGAAUAGAGAGCCCGGUAGAGAAAUGUUGAGGAGACCACUCUCCUUUCUCCCGCGGAGACCCUUCUCCUCCACACCCGAAGUUCCAUCCCUCUACUCCUUCCUCCAACCUUCCAUCUUCGCUCUCAAGAAAACCCCAUCACCACCGCCUUCGGCAUCCCCAGACCAACCUCCGCGAGCCCUGACCCCAGAUCACAUAGCCACGCUAGAGACCACGCUCCACCAGUCCCUCCUCACCAGCAACACCGAUGAGGCGUGGAAAUCCUUCAAGGCCCUCACCAGUAACACUGUCUUCCCAAGUAAGUCCCUCACAAAUUCUCUCGUCACCCACUUGUCCUCCCUCAACGACAUUCACAAUCUCAAGAGGGCUUUUGCCUCUGUGGUAUAUCUUAUAGAGAAGAAGCCUAAGUUGUUGGAUUUUGAAACGCUUGGGAAUUUAUUGAGUGCUAUGAAAUGUGCCAACACUGCUGCCCCUGCUUUUGCUUUGAUAAAGUGUAUGCUAAAAAAUAGGUAUUUUGUUCCCUUUGGAUUAUGGGGGAGUGCGCUUGUUGAAAUAAGUAGGAAAAAUGGUAACUUUGUCGCAUUUUUGCGGGUUUUCGAAGAAAAUUGUAGGAUUGCUUUGGAUGAGAAGUUGGAUUUUAUGAAACCUGACCUGCCCGCUUGUAAUGCGGCAUUGGAAGGGUGUUGCCGUGAACUGGAAUCAGUGAGCGAUGCGGAGAAUGUUGUUGAAACAAUGUCCAUUUUGGGUAUUAGGCCAGAUGAAUCGAGUUUUGGCUCUCUUGCCUAUUUGUAUGCACUUAAGGGGCUUGGAGAAAAGAUAAUUGAGUUGGAAGGUUUGAUGGAUGGAUUUGGUUUUUCAAACAAAAGUGCCUUUUUCAUCAAUUUGGUUAGUGGGUACAUAAAGUCGGGCAAUUUAGAAUCUGUGUCUGCAACUAUUCUGCAUUGUUGCGAAGAUUCAAAGUUUGGAGAAGAAACUUAUCGUGAAGUGGUUAAUGGAUUUCUUAAUAAUGGGAGUGUCAAGAGUUUAGCAACUUUGAUCAUUGAAGCUCAAAAGUUAGAGCCUUCGUCAGUUUUGGUUGAUAGAUCUGUGGGCUAUGGUAUUGUUAAUGCUUGUGUUAACCUUGGAUUAUCAGAUAAGGCACACAGCAUUCUUGAGGAGAUGGAUGCUCAGGGAGGAUCCGUAGGGCUUGGGGUGUAUGUUCCGAUCUUGAAGGCUUACCGCAAAGAGCAUCGAACAGCUGAAGCUACUCAACUGGUCAUGGAAAUUACCAAUUCAGGCAUUCAGUUGGAUGUAGAAACCUAUGAUUCUUUGAUUGAAGCAUCCAUGUCAAGCCAAGAUUUUCAGUCGGCUUUUUCUUUGUUUAGGGACAUGAGAGAAGCAAGAAUACCUGACCUUAAGGGUAGUUACUUAACUAUAAUGACUGGCUUAAUGGAGAAUCAUCGGCCUGAGUUGAUGGCUGCCUUCUUAGAUGAGGUUGUUGAGGAUCCUCGUAUUGAAGUGGCAACCCAUGACUGGAACUCUAUUAUUCAUGCUUUUUGUAAAGCUGGGCGAUUAGAAGAUGCAAGGAGGACUUUCAGAAGGAUGAUAUUCCUGCAGUUCGAACCAAAUGACCAGACAUAUUUGUCCCAAAUCAAUGGAUAUGUGACUACAGAGAAAUAUUUCAGCGUUUUGAUGCUGUGGAAUGAGGUUAAACGAAAAGUUUCAAAUGAUGGGCAGAAGGGGGUCAAAUUUGAUCACAAUUUGGUGGAUGCAUUCCUUUAUGCUCUGGUUAAGGGAGGUUUCUUUGAUGCAGUGAUGCAAGUUGUGGAGAAAACUCAGGAAAUGAAGAUCUUUGUGGAUAAGUGGAGGUAUAAGCAAGCAUUUAUGGAGACCCAUAAAAAGCUCAAAGUGGCAAAAUUGAGGAAGAGGAACUUUCGAAAAAUGGAAGCACUUGUUGCUUUCAAGAAUUGGGCUGGCCUUAAUGUAUGAGCUUCAACUGGGUGUGGUAUGUCAUCCAUUCUAGCUUCAGCUGACAGCUCUGGCUGCUGAGCAACCAAUUUCUUUUGAUGGAAUUUAAGGCAGAGGAACAUGAAGCUGGCUUGCUCUUUCAAAAACCGAGCUUGUUUGGAUGCAUGCAACGGAUGUUCCUGAUGCUUGUGCCGUUGACAAAGGCUGCUAUUAACAAUGCAGAGAGAAAGCGCGUGCUUGGAACUAUAAUGCAGAUGAAAGAGGGAACAUCCGCAAAAUGAAAGAUCUAAUUGCUUUUUUGAAUUCACCAAGUCCUAUAUUCGUGAUACAAGCUCGAGGCUAUCCCAGCAACACAGGAUACGAUCGUGACAGUUAACGAGGGUUGAAUUUCAGAACUAGUUUAAUGAAGCGACUUGCUCGGGCAGUUUAACCGGUUGUUUGGUGUCCUAAAAUUUAUUUCAAUAAUUUUUUUGGGAAUAUGUAAACUUUUAGGUGUAACUGGAGGGAAUCAGUUAAGAGGGUAUACAGUUAACUUCAGUCUUAAUUCGGUUGGGAGUUCUCAUAGCUUGUCAGCUUCACUGGGAAUGCAGAACAACUCAUAAACAUGUUUUGCUGGAACCCAAUACGGGAAAACUACUUUGUCUUGUCUUACUCUUGUUUGUCUCUUAUUUUAUUUCUUUGGGUUAAAAUUUUAGUCUGAAACGCUCAUGUUUUUUUGCCCAGAUGUGGCAGGAAUUGAAACCCAGUUAUUGUGAAUCUAAGCAGUUGCAUGUGCAGCAUAUUUUUCA